ACUGCAUACACGAGCACUAUCAUUGGCGCUUAGCACAGAGAACCUCUACGUACAACGCGACUACACGAUAAUAUAUCAAGUCAUUUUGAUCUGCCUGGUCGUCGCUUUACUCUGUCAACUGUGGAUACUACUAAGCUGAAGACCGUCUUAUAAGAUAAAAAGGUGGCUGCGCACUUCCGAUUAGUCGACUAAUUGACCUAACUGAACCUCGACAUUGACCAUGGGACACAAAUCGAGUAAACACGUUGACGAAGUCACAGACCCAGUGGAAAAAUUUCGAAGGGAUGCCUUGAAAACACAAAACGCCUACAGAGAACUCCAUGGAGCGCCGCCACUGAGAUUUUCUAACAAACUUGAUGAGCAUGCGCAGGAAUGGGCGAAUCAUAUCGCAGAAAUGGGGAUGGCAAAACAGAGGAAGGAGAUCCCCUACGGAGAAAAUGUAGCAUGGAUGUGGAGCGAAAGCGGACAAGACGAAUUUACAGGCAAAGCUGCCGUGGAUAAGUUUUACAGCGACGUCACAAAAUAUGAUUUCCAGAAAGGAGCAAGUAUAGACGGUCAAAGUGCAAAAAAUUUUACACAGCUUGUGUGGAAGAGUUCAACUGAAGUUGGAAUCGGUUACGCAAUCAACCCCAAGGAUCCCAAAGAUAUGUACGCUGUGUUCAAUUACUAUCCUGCGGGGAACAUCCCAGGAGACUUCAAAGCCAAUGUCAAACAACCAAGGCAGAAGAAGAAAUGAUGCGUGCCUUAAGGAACACAAUGUACAUUCUAAUGUUGUUACGUAUUUGCAUACUACUCUCAUGUCUUCCUUGAACGUGCCAUGUCUCGUUAAACUGUUAACGGAAAGUCGUCGUUACCUGUCGUAAAUAUUGAACAAUAAUGUGAGUCAUCCUGGAGCGAAGGAAAUAGAAUUGCAACACGGGCUUAAUGAUAUAUAUUUAUAUACAACGGUCACAUGACUACAAAUUUAGGGGGAUUCUUGCUAAAUUACCAACCGACUUAAUUGUUAUAUAUAUGAAAAUAAUAUUAGAGUUCAUUUAAUCGGGGCAAUCGAGGCGAAUUGGACGAUUGAUGUUCACAAAUAAUAUACUUCUUUACAGAUGGUGUUCUGUACUUUCGGAUCGUUAUUUUGAUCUUUUUUUCGAGUCUUGUUGUAUGUUAUUCUUUGAGUCAGUGUAAUGUUUGAAAUGGUUAUC